AUGUCCCAUCUCUUAGAUUCGACUCGAGCAGCCUAUCUGUAUCCUCUACGGGGCAUCUACUACUUCGCAAAGCAUCGCUUCCUCUGGCCCUUGUUUAAAGCUCGCCUCCUUCCCAUUCUCCUCCUAUCGACCUUUAUCUAUUUUAUUCUCUUUUUCUUCGCCUACCUCCCGCAAGUUGCCUUCUUAUCCAUCUUCCAGGGUGUUGGGGCAUGGGUGAACGGCGCAUUCUUGGUUCUGGGCGAAGGUGCCGCGAUUGUCGCGGUGCUGUUCGAAGCCUUCUUUGUGGACGAGACACUGGUGGAUAUUUUUGAUGCGGUGAUGGUCAACGAGGGCCAGGAGGAGCUCGUGUUGACGUCGCGAGUCAUGUACCCGGAACCCGGCAAUCCGGCCAGUCGCCUAGGCACGCCGACCACCAGCGCGGUCUAUGCUCCCUUCUCGCUCCGACAGAUCAUCGAGUUUGUUGUCUUGCUCCCACUAAACUUCAUCCCGGUGGCUGGAACGCCUAUGUUCUUGGUCUUGACCGGCUACCGGGCGGGGCCGUUCCAUCACUGGCGGUAUUUCCAGCUGCUGGAGCUAACCAAGCCGCAGCGAAAAGAGUGUGUGCGCCGGCGCCAGCUGCAAUAUACGUUAUUCGGAUCGGUCGCGCUGAUCCUCCAACUGAUCCCGCCCUUCUCCAUGCUGUUUUUGAUGACCACGGCUGCUGGUUCUGCGCUAUGGGCCGUGGACCUCGAGCGCAAGCAGCAACUUGCCGCUCAGCCCAAUCAGCCGGGCGACAAUUAUCACGAUGAGCCUUAG